GCGUAGCUGCGCUGAAGCCGAGCCCCUCUAUGCCUCAGCACGCAGAGUGGAGCAGACGGCAACAGCCACACAAACACACUCCACACACCACCACCACCACCGCUGCCGCCACCACCACCACACACACACAGUGACGGCUGCCAGGCGCAGUGGGAAGCAAGCCGUCAGGGAGAGAGCUUGAGAAGAAAGAGAGGGAUCGCAGAGGGGAAGAGAAGAAAAGAGUUGGAGGAGGCACCUUGUGGAUCAGAGGGGAUUUUCCUCUGUGUGAGAGCACGUCUGGAUAGGACUAUCUGCUUCUUCCUGAGCGAGAGGAGUUUUCACUAAGGCUUUUUUUUCUUCGCUCAUCCUCCACGCCGGGCUCCUGCGAUAUCUACCUAUCUAUCCCCGGAGCUUAACAAAAGAGGGAGGGAGUGAGAGAGAGUGAGAAGAAAGGCAGUCACAGCUUCAGCUCCAGACCACCCUCUCUCUCCUCCUCCUCCUCCUCUUCCUCUCCUCCUCUUCUCUCUCUCUCGAGCUCCACAUCCAUGUGUGAGUUCAUCGCUGAUUUCACUGUCUUUUGAGGAUAGAGCAGAGGACAGCUUGUGUUCUCCAGGAUACAGCCGAGCUCCCAGUGGGAUCAGGGUCUCGUCUGGUGUGAGAGAGAGAUAGAGGGAGCAAGAGCGAGACGGGGAAACGGAUACACAGGAAGAGAGAAAGAGACAGAGAGAGACAAGAGUAAGAGACGCCGGAAAGCAAAUUGAGGGGCAUGUUCAGGGCAGCAGAAAAGAAGAGUGGGUCUGAUUUUUAGAGCGGAGAGUGCAAGGGACCGGCAACCGGAUCCCAUCCAUUCCUCCCUCCUCCUCAUCCUCCUCAUCCUCUUCUUCUUCCCUCUCCCUUUUACCCUCUCUCCGUCCUGCUCUUCAAUUCCCUCUAUUGUUUCCUGUGUUACCUCCUUCUAUCCUUUCAUAUCUUCCUUCCCUCACCUCCUUCUCCCCCCCCCCCCCCCCCUUUCCUCUGGAUUCUCUCCGUCUCUCUUCCCAGACCUGUCUCUCUUUGUGAGGUUCCCUGUGAGCUUCCAGACAAGUAGACAGACUAAAAUCCCAAGUACUAUCCAUCCUCCUAUCCUUCCCUUCCUCUGCGUGCUCCUCACACACGCACACCUCAGUGAGAGGAGAACGUUCUCGCUCUGCAUCCUCCACUCUUGGAAGCAUUCGUGUGAAGGAUCCAGGCCAGCCUCUCAGAUUGAUUGUACCCCACCUGCGAGCUCCUAUCUCCAGCCUCCAGGACCUUCAAUUGGAUUCCAGCUACAUGGGAAAACGUUUGGAGCAGCAGCCAAUGUACCCCCACUACACCUACUACUACCCCCACUAUCUCCAGACCAAGCAGUCCUAUGCUCCUCCCCCUCCGCCCAUGGCUCCGCCUAGCCCUGGCACCACAGGAGGAGGAGGUGGAGGUGGAGGAGGAGGUCAUGGAGGAGGGCUAGUGGAGCAGCUCAGUAAGACCAACCUGUACAUCAGAGGCCUGCCACCUGCCACCACCGACCAGGACCUCAUCAAACUCUGCCAGCCAUAUGGGAAGAUUGUGUCAACAAAGGCCAUCCUAGACAAGAACACCAAUCAAUGCAAAGGCUAUGGCUUUGUGGACUUUGACAGCCCUGCAGCAGCCCAGAAGGCUGUGGCCUCACUCAAAGCCAGCGGAGUCCAGGCACAGAUGGCGAAGCAACAGGAGCAGGACCCCACCAACCUUUACAUCUCCAACCUGCCGCUAUCCAUGGAUGAGCAGGAGCUGGAGAACAUGCUGAAGCCCUUCGGUCACGUCAUUUCCACACGGAUACUGAGGGACGCCAAUGGCCUGAGCAGAGGAGUCGGCUUUGCAAGGAUGGAGUCAACAGAGAAGUGCGACGUGGUGAUACAAAAUUUCAACGGGAAAUUCUUGAAAACCCCUCCAGGCAUGACAGCCCCUGCAGAGCCGUUGCUGUGCAAGUUUGCUGACGGAGGCCAGAAGAAGAGGCAGACCCAAGUCAAGUAUCCCCAGAAUGGCCGACCGUGGACACGGGAAGGAGAGAGUGGUAUGGCGUUGACGUAUGAUCCCACCGCGAUGCAGAACGGGUUUUACUCUUCGCCAUACAGCAUCUCUACUAAUCGGAUGAUUGCACAGACGUCAAUCACACCUUUCAUCGCUGCCUCUCCUGUCUCUACAUAUCAGGUCCAAAGUACAUCUUGGAUGCCACAUCAACAGUAUGUUAUGCAACCUACAGGUGCUGUGAUCACCCCAGCAGCGGCUAUCGAGCCCAGUUUGUCUCUUCACCCCUCCAGUGUAAUGGCUCCUCUCACCCAGCAGAUGAACCACCUGUCUCUGGGCACCACAGGCACCUACAUGCCUGCUGCAGCGGCUGCUCCUAUGCAAGGAACCUACAUUCCCCAGUACACUGCAGUGCCUGCCUCUGCCAUCACAGUGGAAGGUGUGGUGACAGACCCAUCUCCACAGACAGCCGCCCCCUCCUCCCAGGACGCCAGCGGGCAGCAGCCUUUAUCAGUGGAGAAUACAGGGGAUCAUGCCACAGCCUACUCUUACCAGCAGUCUAAAUAACGAGAUUGGUGGGAAUCAUUGCUGCAUUGCCUUGAGAGGGACUGCACUGAAGCGGUGGAGACAUGGAGAGAAUCAAAACGAAACGGGGACAAAAAAGAGGUGACACGGGCAACACUGAGGGGAGAAUGCUUCCACUGUGCACAGGCACCAAAUAAAAGACAAAAUGAAAAAAAAAAUCAAUUAUAUUUCAUACCUGGUUGAACCAAGAAAAAGACAGAGAAAAAAAGAAAUGCUGGUUUGCUGAACUUGAGGACAAUGAAAUCAAACGCAGUCUGCAACUCUGAGUUUAUCAUUUCUCACUGUGAGACUGGACUUUGCCUCCGAAGGAAAAGAGAAGACAUAGACUGAAAUCUCAACUCAACCAACAAGCUGUACAGAAAAAAAGAGAACAUUUGAAUGUGCAGGUAGAUUUUCAGACUUUUUUUAUUAAAAAAAAGAAGGAAGCAAAGUCUAGAAAAAAACAGGUUGUCUUCCUUUGAUAUUAAGCUACAUUAUUUUCAUUCUUUUUAUUAUUUGAGUAGUUUUCUAGAAUAUCAAUGUUUUCGUAAAUCUUUAUUGCCUUAAUUUUCUCAAAUUUUGGGGAAAAAAGUUUCCAUAGUGUUGAAUAACUAAAAAAAAAAAAAAAAAGAGUGGUUGAAUGAAUUGAGGGCUUCUUGGAGAGUAACGAGAGCCAGAGAGAUUAAAUCUACAAAGCUUAUUGUACAGGAUUUUAAAAAAAGGGUUGUAAUUGUAUGAAGAUGAUUUUAAAUUAUGUGGUGCAGUGCAGCUGAUGUUGGUUGGUAAAAAAAAAAAAUCUUCUUUAAUGCCAGAAGGGUCAAUCCACUGCUUCCUGGAAAAUGCAGUUAAGUUCAGUCAUGAGAUAAAAAAGUUCUGUUUCUCCAUCACAUUUGUAUUUUUUAUUUUUUGCUUUUUGAUCGCAGUCUUUUUACCUUUUAAAGGUUUUUUGCUUUGCCUGCUUUGCUUGUCUCACUGCAAAAAAAAGAAAGAAAAAAUUUCUAAAAAAAAAGGGAACAUUUCUGACUUUGAGAAAAAGCAGAGAAAAACGCUAGAAUUUUUAAAUGUGCAAAAAGCAAUAGUUUUAGUAAAACUGUUGACAGUUUAUUGAGUCUUUCUUAACUGUUGAACAAAAGCAGCCAACAGGUGGCGUAUUUUAUACCAAAGAUAAAGAAACUAGGUAGUGACGAGUUCUUCCUUACGUUGCUUUUUUUUUCAAUAUUUUUCACCUCUGAAACUGAGAUUUUCCUUGCCUGUCAUGCUAUUGGCGUGCCAGAUAAUUUUAUCGGGAACAUAUGAGAACAUGCAGUAGGUCUUUAACACAACUGCCUCAACCAGUGCUCUGAGAUGUUUGUUUGUCAUGUGAUCAAACAUGGCGCUGUAACAUCUGUCAUGUGACCAGACACCCUGUGGUAUGGAGAAAGUGGAGGAGGUAAGUAUAUCAUUGAAACAUUGGUGGUGAAGAGGCAGAAAAUGCAUUACAUCCUGUGGAAUAUUGGUGUGGUAUUAAACCUGUGUAUACACCCAACAACACCCUCUUCAGGCUGCGUUUACCAAUCUUUAACCUUGUCAUGACAGCUAAAAAGCUGUAGAUUUAAUAUUUUGAAAUGCAUAGUCUCAGUCCAUAAGACAAACUGUUAAUACGCCGCUGUCUUGCCAAACACAAGCCAUUUUAAUGUGAGCAGGGUGAUGAUCUCUGCUAGAGGAAAGGGCAUUUCUGUUGAACAUAGUCAUUUCAGCUUAUGUAUAUUCUACCAGGACAAGGAGAGAUAUUUUGUUGUUCUUUUUGUGUUGCCUUUUUUGUCUUUUUAAAAAAUUGAUUUUGAUGUGUGAGCUGCUAAAACACUUUUCAUAAUGGGGAUUGAGGCAGUCUUAUGUUGGGUGGGUGUGGAAGAGUUACACCUCCUUAAUGACAGCGAUAUGAAGCCAGGAUAAAGACAGCCAAUUGUUAUCCAUGACUUAUGUGCGUAAAAAGCAUCCUUUAAGUCUGUUGCCUCUUUUCAGGUGGAAAACGAGACAUGUUCCUGGUUGUAGCCCUUGAAAAACACACACAAAUAUGAGAAAACUAAUUUCUUAAAUAGGUAAAACCCGCUAACAAGAUUCUGCAUUAUUUACAGUGUAGUCACAGGGUGUCAGUUGACAACAAAAGCUCUUAGGGACUUGAAUUGGCUGACACCGGCUCUGAGGUCACACCUCUGAAGCCCCACCUACCUAACCUGCCUCCACCAAUGAAAAGAAGCUAAUGGAGAUGUGAGGAACAGAGAGACACACAGAAAAAGCAUGGUUCAACCAAAAUCAAGCAGAUACAAACCUCUAUGGGAAAAAUAAAUUAUUGAAAGCAGAGAGAAAGCAGAGAGAAAGUAGAAAGUGAGAACAAAAUUAAUAUUUAUGAGAUCUGUUUUUUGUACAGGUGUGUAAAAGAAGAUGCAACAGAAAUAACUUUGAUGAUGCUAUUUUUUUAUUUGCUUGGUCACAUGCCGCCCAUGUCUUUCAAAUUGUGAUUCUGAGAGUGUCUGUAGAACCAGUGGAUAUUGCUGUAGUUUCAAAUGUCUCUUUUUGUUUUCUUUUUAGAAAAAUCUUUCAAUAAAAAAAAAAGAAAUGUUUCAAA